GUCCGGGCUCCGGCUACGCCCCUCACUAAACAGCACCAACCGUACAGCCUCCCGCUGCCGUGGCGCUGCACUGCCAGUGAAAUCCGUCGCUUGUGCCGCGGGGCUGAGCUGACGACAACUCGCACCUGAACUGCUGCUCGAGAGCUGAAGUGAAUGCUGAGGUGAAUGACUGACCAUCACCACCUGCGGUUCUCUUAAAAACCCACAUAUUUCUUACCUAGAACCUAACUCUUUCUCUCCCUCCUCUGUACUUCUGCUGUCCACACUCUCGCACCUACAUCUCAAAUCAAAACUACCUGUGUCUCUCUCUUGCUACACUUUGAAAGCGAAGCGGAACAAACCCCUCUGUCCUCAGUCCCACCACAUCCCAUCCGCAGUCUUCCUAGGGCAUCCUCACCAUGUCCGGACCAUACGACUCCUACGGCUACGGCGGCCAACAAUCGCAAUAUCCGCAACAAGGCUACGGCGGCGGUGGUUAUCCUCCCCAACAAGGCUACGACCAAGGCUACCAGCAGCAUCAAGGACCACCCGGUUACGGCGGCCCUCCUCCACCAGACAACUUCGGCCCCCCACGUCGACAAGAUUCCUUCGGCCCUCCACAGCACGGCGGCUUCCAACACGGUCAAGCCGGAGCCCAGUUCGGCGCCUACGACGCCAGCAAUCCACAAGGUCACGCAGGCUAUUACCAAUACGGCCAAGGAGGAGCACCACCACAACAUCAGCAACAAGGAGGCUAUGGCGGCGCCGGUAACGACGCAUAUGCUCAAAACCAAGCCUACCAGGCCCAACUGGGACAACAACAGCAGCAACAAGGAGGCCAGUAUUCGGGCGUGGAUGUUAGCCAGCAUCAGUUCCAGGCUCAAUCGAGCGAUCCCAACGCUCCCAACUACGAUCCCAAUGCUCCUCCUAUGACCGAGCAAGAUCGCGGUUUACUGGGUGCCAUUGGUGGUGGUUUCGGUGGCCAUAUGCUCGGAAAGAAGGCCAACCAUGGCUUUUUGGGGACCGUCGGUGGUGCCAUUUUGGGUAGCAUCACUGAGGAUUUUCUCAAGGAUAAGAAAAAGCAUCAUGGCAGCAGUGCCAAUAGCAGCUGGGGCGGUGGUAGCCGUUGGUAAAACAGAAUAAAUAACGACUCUCAUGCUUAGGGAUGACAUCAACUCAUUGGAUGCCCUGCAGUGCUGGGUUGGCGUGGCUCCGGUCUUUUGGCUUACAGUUCCAGUUAGUUUAGAAAUAGUCACUGCACUGGUAAUGAUCAUGAUGAUGCUCCAAAGCUCGACUUCAAUGCGAUACUUGGGUGGCUGGUUGAUCGCUGGCAUCUCCAUUUUGGAAGGGAUUCCUUCGAUGGUGUGGCAACGCCAGGCUCGCAGCAUUGGUUUUCUGCUGCCUGUUGUCUAGUGCAUAGUCAUUCUUACUAUUAGGGUGGCAUUCAACGCCUACGGCUUGUGCUUUGCUUUGCCGGUCCCUUUCAGUCUAGCAGCAUGCAUUUACAGUGUCUCUGUGAGGAACGAAAUGAACGAUAUGAUAUUCCUCUCCCUGA